CAUGCAUACAAACACACAAACACCACUUCAAAAAAAUCCCAAAAUUUUCCUUCGUUCUUCCCAAUUCGUAAAUCGUAACACUCACCUCCAAUACUCACAUGGAACUCUCUCUUUACCCCAAUAAGCCAUCUCUUCUUACCCCUUCUUUGUCCUCCAUUACCACUUCAAAAAAGGGAUCGCCCCAUAAAAUUAGGAUUGCAUUCUCAUGUAAUUGCUCAUCAUCUUCGUCAGAAGCUUCUGUCACUACAGAUGCACCAUUUUUUCAAAUCGACGGGAGGAGAGCGUUCAUGAAUUGUUUUCUUGCUGCAGCUGCUGGUUUUUGUGUCACUGGUGUAGCUGAUGCUGUUAGUACAAGUAGAAGAGCUCUUAAGGGAGCAAAAGUGCCUGAGAGUGAAUACACAACCCUUUCCAAUGGGCUAAAGUACUACGAUUUGAAGGUUGGAAAUGGUGUUGAAGCUGUGAAGGGAUCUCGGGUUGCAGUACACUAUGUUGCUAAAUGGAGAAACAUCACUUUUAUGACAAGCAGACAAGGGAUGGGUGUUGGUGGUGGAACGCCUUAUGGGUUUGAUGUCGGUGAAUCAGAAAGAGGAAAUGUCCUUAAAGGGUUAGAUUUAGGUGUCCAAGGCAUGCGAGUAGGAGGACAGCGACUGCUGAUUGUACCCCCGGAACUUGCUUAUGGAAGCAAAGGUGUGCAAGAAAUUCCUCCAAAUGCAACCAUUGAGAUAGAUAUUGAAUUAUUGUCCAUCAAACAAAGUCCAUUUGGGACUCCUGUCAAAAUAGUUGAAGGGUUCUUGGACUACCAUUACUUUUCUACUACGUGGCAUAUUUUUUGUGAUAGUAGAUCUUGUACAUUGAUGUUUCAUGGAAGGGUCAAUCGGCUAAUGAAAGUCAAUGAAUGA